AUGUCAGACGUUGAACAAGAACAGAUUGUUGAAGAAGUUGCUGUUGAGCAAGAAACUUCCGUUUCUAUCGAAGAUGCUUUGAAAGUUGUUUUGAGAACCUCCUUAGUCCACGACGGUUUAGCCAGAGGUUUAAGAGAAGCUUCAAAAGCUUUAUCCAAAAGAGAAGCUCAAUUAUGUGUUUUGUGUGAUUCAGUUACUGAAGAAUCUAUCAUUAAAUUAGUUGAAGCUUUAUGUAAUGAACCAGAGGAGAAGAUUCCAUUGAUUAAAGUUUCAGACGCAAAAUUGUUAGGUGAAUGGGCUGGUUUAUGCCAGUUGGACCAAGAAGGUAACGCUAGAAAAGUUGUUGGUGCUUCAUGUGUUGUUGUCAAAAACUGGGGUGCUGACUCUGACGAGAGAAAUAUCUUAAAUCGCGUUGUGAAAGCUAAUGAUUUAAAACUUUCUUCGAAUUUGGUCUCUGUAUCUAUACCAAAGAAUAAACUUGAGAAAGAAUUGAUCAAGGAGAAGCAGGAAAGCGGAGAAGGAAAUGGAAAUAAUGUAACUAUUUUACAGGAUCAUUUCGUAGCAGAUGGGAACAGCAGCCCAAUGCACCACUCACAUUCAAUAGACGCGGAUAAAAAGAAAUCCAAGCGGGGAAAAGGUCGUCCAAAGAAAUAUAGGCCGCCUGGUCGAAGGUCAGUGCCGAGAACAAAUGAUUUGGUUGUGCUGCUGCUGCAACAAAAAGUAGGGGUUGAAUCAAGUUCAAUUGAUAGGAUGCGUGCUGAAAAAGCUGUAUACUCAAUGUACACUCUAGAUCAGCAAAGGCUAAGGCUAUUGGAGACAUUGAAUCUUUUCUUUAAAAGAUUCGUAGAUAUGAGUGUAGAUGUGGAUAAGGAAAGUGAAAGCAUUGGUAAGGUUAUCAAUGAAAUAGAGUGUUUGAGGACGCAAGCCCUGUACAUUGUGGACGGUAAGACUGAAAUACUCAGAGCACAAAACGAUUGCAAGAAAUUGAAGCUAGAGAUUACCGAUUUAGAGAAAAGCUAUGCCGGGCUUGAUAAGGAGGUGAAUAAAUUAAGAGGAGAAAGCGCGACGAAACAAACGUUGCAGCUGGUUUAUUCUACCUUACUGCAACAACAGAAGACUUUAGCUCAAACAAUUACAAAUUUGCGUUCAAAGAUUCAGUUUACAAGUACGAAAAUUCAAAGCCUCGAAAAGCGUUUACGAAGCUGA